AUGGGACGGAAGAGAACGCACCAGCAAGAGGAUGAACCAGCGAUGGCGCCCAAAAGAAUAAAGACAGAAAUACCGAGUGAAUUAAGCGAAGAAUAUGAUCAGACUCAAGAGAGCCAUGAUGUGUCAUACGAAAAGAAGCCAAAAAGGAAGGACAAAAAGAAACAGGGGAGUUUGGAGGAAGGAGGUGAUUAUGCUGAGGAGGUGAAGGAGCAUCAUUCGCAGAAACAUCACCCAUACCGACGAAAAAACAGAGGAAUAAAUUUAGCUAGAGCUGCAGUACGAGAAAGACGACAUGUUACUCUCCCAUAUCAUCUCAUUGGAGGCAAUACUCUAAGAUCGUGCGAAUUCAUAGCGAAAAUGACGGUAGGAAAAUACCGUCCCAAAGUUCGCGGAGUGGUGAUUUCGAUUGGAUCAGUACGCCUCGCUUCGCUGCCUCGAGUUAUUGACGAUCAAAACGUAUUUCAUUUAGAUAUUUUCGUUACUCAAGCAGUUUUCCGGCCUGUUACGGGUGUGAGCUAUGAAGCAAGAGUUACACACAUUGCCGAGGAUUUCUUAUCAGCUCUAAUUUUGGAGUCGAUUUCUAUAAGCAUUCCGGUUGACGAUAAAUUCCGCCAUAAAUUAAAAGGUAUUGUACUCAAUGUGGACGACAUAAUAGAGGUCAAGCACAAGUGUCUGACUAUAAAACGUGGCAUGUGCCAGCUCAAAGGAACAUUUAAGCGUAUAUUGCGAAAAGGAACUGAGAGCAAAGGAGAAAAUGAGGAUGCCAGUCAACUGAAUGAAAGUCUCUACUAA